AUGUCGGGUCGGUACUCACUUCGCCAGACUCCUCGAAAGAAGGAGCUCUUCGAAGGACGAAAGGUCGAGCCCGUCCAGGCAACUCCGGUCGAGACGCAGCCUGUUGAGAAGGCUGCUGCCAAUGGCCAUUCUGAAAAGGAGGGCGUCGCCCAUUCAGUCGUUGAUGGCUGGAUACCUGGCCAGGACCCUAAGAUCGACUACUCUGGCGAGUUCGAGUUCGGCGGGAGCCUUGGUACCCUCGGCCUGAUGAUCGGCUUCCCGCUUCUCAUGUGGUACAUGUGGAUUGGCGCAACAUACUACGACGGCGGCAUCCCCGACCAGAGGCCGGCCAGAGCUGGGCGGACUUCGGAAACCAUCUCGUCAACCUCGUCUACACCGCUCAAGUAUUAUUGCAGCGCAUACACCAGCCUUUACUUCAACAUUGUCGUUGCCGGUCUCCUGCAUUACACCGGCGUCUUCCCUCUGUACACGGUGAUUGACGAGUUUGGCCCACUGCUCUCCGUCGCCAUCUUCAGCGGGUUCAUCGUCAGCUUCAUUGCGUACUUUUCGGCUCUCGCCCGCGGGGCUCAGCACAGGAUGACUGGCUACCCCAUCUAUGACUUCUUCAUGGGUGCGGAGCUAAACCCUCGCAUGUUCGGAGUCCUCGACUUCAAGAUGUUUUUCGAGGUCCGUCUCCCUUGGUACAUUCUCUUCUUCCUCAGCUGCGGUGCUGCCGCGCGCCAAUAUGAGAGGUACGGCUUCGUUUCGGGAGAGGUCAUGUUCCUCGUCAUGGCCCACUAUCUUUACGCCAACGCUUGCUCCAAGGGCGAGGAGUUGAUUGUCACUACCUGGGAUAUGUACUAUGAGAAGUGGGGCUUCAUGCUCAUCUUCUGGAAUCUUGCCGGCGUCCCCCUCUCUUAUUGCCACUGCACCAUCUACCUCGCCAACCACGACCCCGCUGGGUACAGGUGGAACCGCUUUGCCCUUGCUGCCCUCUACGCUGCGUACCUCUUCUGGUACUGGGUGUGGGACAGCUGCAACAGCCAGAAGAACAGGUUUAGGGCCAUGGAGCGUGGAAAGACCCUCACCACCCCUUCGGGAGAUACUAUUCUUGUCGAUGGCUGGUACGGUCUUGCUCGAAAGAUUCAUUAUACCGCCGAUGUCUUUUUCGCCGUCAGCUGGGGAUUGAUCACCGGGUUCAAGAGUCCCUUCCCUUGGUUCUACCCCUUAUUCUUCGUCAUCAUGAUUGCUCACCGCGCUGCUCGUGACAUCCGAAGGUGCCGUACCAAGUACGGCGAGACCUGGCUUGAGUACGAGAAGCAGGUUCCCUAUCUCUUCAUUCCCUAUGUCAUUUAA